AUGUCGUACCUUUCGAGCCACACCAAAAAGGUGUCAGUGUACGGCCGCAAAGCCGAAGUCAGGAUCGUCAACCGUCAAAGCGCAUUCACUUCGCUCGAGAAUGACGAGAACGACCCGUUCGGUUUCUUCAAGCCUCAGCCAAAAGCAAAAGCCACUUAUAGCAAGUCGAGAGCUUCCAUGAUGCCAGCCGCUCUACAGUCGAGCAAUGCGGACUCCGACGAUGACACACAGCCUGCAGACCAGAGCGCAGCAUACGACACCGCCAACUCCAGCUUGUCUUUUCAUUCAGCAUGUAGCUCAGCUUUCGCUUCAAGCUCGACAAAGGAUGCGCCAGCCAAAACCGACAAAGCGCCGGGACAGAGGAAAGCGCUUGGAAGCAAGAGUGUAAACGAGGGCUUGCCGACUGCGACCAGAGCCGGUGCUCCUUCGAAACCAAAGAAAGGCUCAGCAAGCGCAGUGCUGGACAGCAAUCCCAUCGACGCUACACCGAAGGCACGCCGAUCACCCUCCAAGAAGCCAAGGGCCAACACUCCAAAGACGGCCCAAAAGGUGUUGCCAGUGACAGUGGCUCCUUUGACUCUGCCCAACGAGUCCACACCGCCUCCAACUCAGUCGACCGGUAGAGCACCACGACGAGCUGCACAGGCUGCACGGUCGGCCAUCGAGGACUACGACUUUACCGACAGAGACAUGACCCCGCGCCGCCCUGUCCCGACCAAGUCGUACUUUGCGGAGAAAGCUCGACAGCUGGCAGAGCUCGCAUCGGAGGAAGACAAGGAGGCUCAGCUGUCGGAGCGAUCAAAAGGAAUCAAGGCUGUCCGUGCACGCCCAAGAAAGACGAUCGCCACAGCUGGACGCGGUAACUCACGGAAGUCCAUGGCCGCAAAACCCCGACAGACGUCGGCUCUGGGAUACUCAUUGAACUCCGCGAUCGCCAUCUCGGACUCGUCCAUGUCCUCAGCAACCGGGGUGUCGGAUUCGUCCUUCGACGCUGCCGGCACGAGUCAGUCAUCUAUCAGCUUUCUCGGGCAGAGCAGUGACGAAUCCAGGGACCUGGCGGCAAAGAGCUCUAUAGCAGCGGCGAAAGCCAAGGCCAAGCAGAACAAGCGAGUCACUCGACGCAUCGCUGCUACCAGCGACGACGAGGAUGAAGUUCAAGGAGGAUCCGAGGACGAAAGCGAACAAGAUCCAGCUCUACAGCUUGCUGCUGCAGUGGCUGAUCUCGCGGUCGCAGACGAAGAUGAUGCGACGGCAAUCGACGAUCAUUUGGAUGGCUUGCUUGCCGCGGUCUCGCAAGCCAAGCCCAAGGCAUUCUCAACUGUCAUCCAGCAACUGCGGGCGAGCAAGGCUUCCACUUCGCAGCGACGACUGGAAAAGAUUGGAGAAGCGAGCUACAGCGAGGUCUUCAAGAUUUCUUCGUCCCGAUCCAACACGAGCGCUGACAGCGACCGACAAGAAGCGCUCGUGCUCAAAAUCAUCCCAAUCUCAUCGUCAAGCAUCAGCAACAACGACAACGAAGACCUCCCCUACACCUCGCCGGCCGCCGAUGUUGAACGCGAGAUCCGUCUGAUGCAGCUGAUCGGACGCGAGGCCAGCGUAGCAGACUCUUUCGUCUCGCUACGUGCAGUUCAUGUCGUCCGAGGAGCCUAUCCAGCACCGCUGCUCCAAGCUUGGGACCGAUGGGACGCCAAACGCCGUGUCAGGACCGGUGAAGGCGCGGAGAACAUCCGGCCCCACGUGUUGGGCCGCCAGCAAGUCUACGCUCUGCUCGUCAUGACCGACGGUGGAAUGGAUCUCGAAAGCUUGAAGCUCCGGUCCUGGUCCCAGGCUGCCUCCAUUUUCCGGCAAGUCGCAAUCGGGUUGGGCAAGAUGGAGACCAAGUACGAGUUUGAACAUCGUGAUCUGCACUGGGGCAACAUCCUCGUGCAGGCCGUUGCAACUACUUCUCAAGCCCAUGACGACGGCGGCGGACUAAGCUGGCUGCUCGACCCCAGCGCAUCUGGAGUCAAAGCAACGAUCAUCGACUUUACCCUCUCCCGCGCUCGCACGUCGCCCGUCACUGCCAAACGGAGCAAGUCCGUCGAGGUGCUUCACUACCCUUUUGACGACGAGUCGCUCUUCGAAGGCUCUGGCGGUCCGCAGUUCGAUGUCUACCGCGAGAUGCGAACGGUCACCAAGGACUCGUGGGCAGCUCACUGUCCAGCGACCAACGUACUCUGGCUGCGCUACCUCGUGCACAAGCUCAUCGAGGUCAAGUGCCGAAAUCUCAAGGUACCCAAGGGUAGCGAUGCUGAUGCACAGCGCGAGCUGCGAUCCUUCGACGUGCUGCAAAAGGCGGCAGCGAGACUGGACGAAGCGGCGCAGACCCUGCUCAACGCUGCUCCACCCAAAAGGGGCCCUGUCGCGGGGAGGAAGCCGAUGCAUCCGAGAGCGAGGAAGUCGGUUCUCCCGGCAGCGACGAUAGGCGCGAGGAAGGGACGGGCCACGAUGAUGGUCACCCCGCUCCAGCCCGCGGAGAGCGAGACGAAGGCCGUCCGAUCGGCUGCUGAUCUCGUGUCCUUUCUGGAUUGA